AGCUUCUUCCUCUCAGCACCAGUGCGGACAAACCACUCAGCGCGACAUUCCUGCCAGACUACACCAAAUAUCACUGUAAAAUUACAGCUACAUACAGCUGAAGAUGGCCUCUACGAAGGAGAAGCUCAUCGCUCACGUGAGCAAGGAGGGGCCGGCAAGGCCCACUAACAAGGUGACAGUGGUGGGUGUGGGGAUGGUUGGGAUGGCCGCCGCCAUCAGCAUCCUCCUCAAGGAUCUGACUGAUGAACUCGCCCUAGUGGACGUGAUGGAAGAUAAACUGAAAGGAGAGGCUAUGGACCUGCAGCAUGGAAGCCUCUUUCUCAAGACGCACAAGAUAGUGGCGGAUAAAGACUACAGCGUGACGGCAAACUCCAAAGUGGUCGUUGUGACCGCUGGAGCCCGUCAGCAGGAGGGCGAGAGCCGCCUGAACCUCGUCCAAAGGAACGUCAACAUCUUCAAGUUCAUCAUCCCCAACAUCAUCAAGUACAGCCCCAACUGCAUCCUUCUGGUGGUCUCAAACCCAGUUGACAUCUUGACCUACGUGGCCUGGAAGUUGAGCGGUUUGCCCAGGAACCGUGUGAUCGGCAGCGGCACAAACCUGGACUCUGCUCGUUUCCGUUACCUGAUGGGAGAGAAGUUGGGCAUUCACCCAUCUAGCUGCCACGGUUGGGUCAUUGGAGAACAUGGAGACUCCAGCGUUCCUGUGUGGAGCGGAGUCAACGUGGCUGGAGUGUCCCUCCAGGGUCUGAACCCUGACAUGGGAACAGAUAAAGACAAGGAGGACUGGAAGAGCGUCCACAAGAUGGUGGUUGACAGUGCAUAUGAGGUUAUUAAGCUGAAGGGCUACACUUCCUGGGCUAUUGGUAUGUCUGUAGCUGACAUGUGUGAGAGCAUCUUGAAGAACCUACGCAAGUGUCAUCCAGUUUCAACUUUGGUCAAGGUGAAAUUCUCUUGUUUAUUUCUGGACGACCAGUCAUAUUCAUUAACCAAAUAUUGUGAGCCAUAAUUUUUCUAGUACAGAGAGUCAAAACAUAAAUAUGCACAUAUAUAAUAAUAAACUCCAUUCCAAAACCACCAUCUAAUGACUACAUAGGCAACUACCUUCUAUGGCAACAUCCUGGUCCAAGUCCAAGUGAGGGAGUUGAGAAGCUUUUCAUGGACAGCAACUCCUAUGCAACACAAACUUA